AUGGCUGCUACAAACAAUGUGACUGAAAUAAUUUUCCUGGGAUUUUCCCAGAAUUGGAGUGAGCAGAGGGUCAUUUCUGUGAUGUUUCUCCUCAUGUACACAGCUGUUGUGCUGGGCAAUGGCCUCAUUGUGGUGACCAUCCUGGCCAGCAAAGGGCUCACCUCCCCCAUUUAUUUCUUUCUCAGCUACUUAUCCUUUGUGGAGAUCUGCUGAUCUGUCAUGGCCCCCAAGCUUAUCUUUGACUCUUUUAUUAAGAGGAAAGUCAUUUCUCUCAAGGGCUGCCUCACACAGAUGUUUUCCCUCCAUUUCUUUGGUGGCACUGAGGUCUUUCUCCUGAUGGUGAUGGCCUAUGACUGCUAUGUGGCCACCUGCAAGCCCUUGCACUACAUGGCCAUCAUGAACCAGCGAAUGUGUGGUCUCCUUGUGGGGUUAGCAUGGGGCGGGGGCCUGCUGCAUUCUGUUGGGCAAACCUUCCUGAUUUUCCAGCUCCCGUUCUGUGGCCCCAACUUCAUGGACCACUACUUCUGUGAUGUCCACCCAGUGCUGGAGCUGGCCUGCACAGACACCUUCUUCAUUAGCCUGCUGAUCAUCACCAAUGGCGGCUCCAUCUCUGUAGUCAGUUUCUUCGUGCUGAUGGCUUCCUACCUGAUCAUCCUGCACUUCCUGAGAAGCCACAACUCGGAGGGGCAGCACAAGGCUCUCUCCACCUGUGCCUCUCAUGUCACAGUUGUUGACCUGUUCUUCAUACCUUGCUCCUUGGUCUAUAUUAGGCCCUGUGUCACCCUCCCUGCAGACAAGAUAGUUGCUGUAUUUUAUACAGUGGUCACAUCUCUCUUAAAUCCUGUGAUUUACUCCUUCAGGAAUGCUGAAGUGAAAAAUGCCAUGAGGAGAUUUAUUGGGGGAAAAGUAAUUUGA